UGAAACUAUUAAUUAAAAUAUAUUAAACUGAAAGAAAUGGACGGCAAAAAGCAUAAAAAGUCUUACGAUUGCCAAGCCCCUAGGCAAGCCAAACCUCGUGCUGCUAAGAAGAUCAUUGAUGCAACAGUAGAUGACAGCAAUUUCAGCACCAUUGAGGAAGAAGUUGGUCACAAGUACCAAAUUGUUAGUCAAAUAGGUGCUGGCAGCUAUGGUAAUGUUUACCAAGCGAUAGACAGGGAAACAGACCAGAAGGUUGCUAUCAAGAAUGUACACUCUAUUUUUGACGACCUGGUUGACUGUAAGCGCAUCAUGCGUGAGAUUAAGAUCCUAAGGAAGAUAAAGAGCCCGUAUAUCGUCAGUCUGCACGACAUUAUUCCUCCUAAAAACCGGAAGACAUUUAAUUCGAUAAAUAUAGUACUAGAAUUUGCAGAUUCUGAUUUAAAGAAAUUAUGAAAAUCUAAUUUGAAGCUAGAGGAGAUUCAUAUCAAAACCCUGAUGUACAAUAUAAUGUGCAGUCUGAAGUACCUACACUCUGCUUCCAUCCUCCAUCGUGAUAUAAAGCCUGGAAAUAUAUUGGUUAAUGAGGACUGCAGCAUUAGACUUUGCGACUUUGGUCUUGCCAGAUCAGUCUCAGGUGUCCCAACUGAAAUAAACUUGGUUAAUCAGAUGUGAAAAGAUAUUGACAAGGGAAAAGAUCCUUGAAAAACAGAUGAGCUCGAAGAAUACAAGGAUUAUAGAGCCUCCAGGAAAGCUACCAUGGACGACGAUUAUAUUGAGCUUGACAUAAAAGAGAAAACAUAUGAUGAAAAGAGAGAGAUUCACUUCAAACUCAAGAAGACUAAAGCUGCAAGAAGAAAAAUGAAAAGAUCCCUGACUGGGCAUGUCGUCACUAGAUGGUACAGAGCUCCAGAAUUGAUCCUAUUAGAGAAAAGUUAUGGGUCACCAGUGGACAUCUGGUCAAUCGGAUGAAUAUUUGGUGAGCUCCUUUCCAUCGAUUCUUCUGAAGGAGGUCCAAGUUGAACCCAGAGACGCCCUCUUUUCCAAGGCAACUCGUGUUUUCCAUUAUCUCCCGCAAAGAGACCGAUGAUUGAAAAGGAUGAUCCAAUGAUACAAGACCACCACUCGGAUUUUCCUAUUGAUAGGAAGGACCAGUUGAAGAUGAUUUUUAGUAUGAUUGGAACCCCUCAGGAUGAAAUGGAUGUCUCUUUCAUCAGUGAUAAGCAAGCCGAAGAUUAUAUUAAAAUUUUUGCCAACAAGCCUGGAGUAGACUUUGAGGAAAAAUAUCCAAACGCUAGUAAAGAGGCUAUUGACCUUUUGACUAAAAUGCUAACAUUCAAUCCUUAUUACAGGAUUACUUUGAAUGAGAUCCUCAACCAUGACUUCUUUGCAAGCGUCAGAGAUCUUGAAAAAGAAAUCACUUCUCCAAAAGAAAUCGCAUUUGAUUUUGAAAUGGAGGGAGAUCUAAGUGAAAAGCGUUUGAGAGAGCUAAUUUUAGAAGAAGUUGACCACUUCAACUAAUUCUAUGACACUGUCUACUGUGGCUCAGCUUCUUGAUGAAAUAUAAAAUGUCAGAAGCUAAUUCUUAUAAUAAAUUUUUACUCAUAUCAUUCAUAUUUUUGAUGAAUUUUUCAAAGUUUAUUUUAACUAUUUUAUGAAGGGUUAGAGCUACUAUUUUUGAGUAACAACAUUAUUUUUCACAAUUUCCAUCAUUCAUUGAAAGUCUCCAGUAUUUUCAGUCCUCCGAUUUGUCAUUUCCUAAUUUUGAAUAAAACCAAAGAGGUUUAAAAAGUUAUAUAUAGUUGUUAUCUCCCAUUAAAAUGUGGAUCUUUGGCCAAUUAAAAUUCUAAGAUAUUUUUAUCAUUUUCUUCCUUCUAGCCUAGCCAGUACCCCAAUUUCCACCAUGCUAAUUAACUUAAUAUUCGUUAUGUUUCCAGAUGCUGUUUAUUAUUUUUCAUUUCUCAAUUUAAGAAACUGAGU